ACGACAACAACAACGAGAAUUUUUUUCUUCUUGGUUUUGCCAAUUUUGUGUUACAAAAACACAAUUUUUGGGCAUCUGCACGUAGUCGAGGGAUUAAUAAUCAUGGCAGUAUGUGUAGCAGUAAUUGCCAAAGAGAACUAUCCUCUUUAUAUAAAGACUGUGCCCACUGACAACGAAUGGAAGUUUUACUACACAGUCCAUACAUCACUUGACGUCGUCGAAGAGAAGAUCUCAUCUGUUGGGAAGAAUACUAAUGACCUACGUGAACUUUACUUGGGCUUAUUAUACCCAACAGAAGAUUAUAAAGUAUAUGGCUAUGUCACAAAUACCAAAAUCAAGUUUGUCAUUGUUGUUGAGACAUCGAAUACAAACCUUCGGGACAAUGAAAUUCGGAGUAAAUUCAGAAAACUGCACAACGCCUAUGUAGAUAUGUUUUGUAAUCCCUUUUACACACCUGGCGAUAAUGUGACUUCAAAGACAUUCGAGAAAGUUGUCUCUGAUAUAAUGUGCCAGGAUUGAAGUGAGAUAAAUAAAGCUACAGUUGAACCUCUCUAAUGAGGACACCCUUGGGACUGACAAAUGCUGUAAUUGAUACGAAUAGGGAGGGUGUCCUGCCAACAGAGGUGUCCCCGGAGGGAGGUUCUGCUGUACAUCCAAGUCAAAAUGGUGCUGUGAUUAGUGAAGGGUACAAGUGAGAGGAAGGGAAUAAGAUGACGAUUUCUUGGGAGCAUGGAAGCUGUAGCAGGGAUGAGGCCGGGCCAGGUUGCUGAGGAAUAAGUUUGAAAACUGACUCAGUUUUGUAGAAAUGUACAUGCGCAAGACAUCUCUGUCGAGACCAGGUAGAACAUCUCAAGUGAAUAAUCAUUUUUAAAUUAUACAGUAAUAGUAUGUACAUGUAUUGUAUGUGUAAAUCAGCUUGUAAAUAAACAAUAUCAU